AUGAGUUCCAUUGAAGCAUCCGAUUUAAGAAAGAUCUACGAACAAAUUAAGCAAGAAAGGAACUUCGUUUUGCUGCAUCUACACGAUUCAGAGGUAGCAAUGCAAAAUCAAUUGCUUAAACUAAAUUUUUUUAAACAACAAUACGAAAUUAGUUCAAGUGAGUUACUGAAAAAAGCUGAAUCAGUUUUACUUUACGAAGAAAGGUCUAGAAGUAAUGUAACAAUAGUAAAAAUUCCCAAAGAAGAUUUUAAUGUGGCAAGUACUGCUUGUUUUACUCCAAAUAGUAUAGAUAGUAGCAGUGAUGUUUUGGUUAUCGAUUUGGAUGAGUCAAUUAAAGAAGAAGUAUUAGAAUCAGAUAAUGAAAGCCAAUUAAAAUGUCAGGAACCAAGGAAUGAAGCUCCGGUAGCAGUACCUGAAGAACAACAAUCCAAAAAACGUAGAUUACAAUCCAUGGAAGUAAUAGAAAUAGGAUCCAACGGAACCCAAAUGGUUGAACAGCAAUACAAAACUAUUAAGUGGGGCAACUACACCAAAGCCACAAGGCAAUUACUGGAAGCUUAUUUCUCCAGAGACGUUCUUGCCAAUUCUUCAUUAUCAGGACGCCCUAGCCCUGCAUUUUUAAAUUCAGGGAAAACCACUAAGAAACCUUUGGACAAGAAUAUUAUAGAAGAUAUCGUUGCUUGCGUAUCUAAGAAUUGCAAUGUACUACCCAGAAUGGUUAGGCAUUGUAUUACCACUAAGUGUGCCGAUGAAGGAAAGUCAACUUGUACUCACCUCCCAUUCAGCAUAAGUUCCAUUGAAGCAUCCGAUUUAAGAAAGAUCUACGAACAAAUUAAGCAAGAAAGGAACUUCGUUCUGCUGCAUCUACAUAAUUCAGAGGUAGCACUGCAAAAUCAAUUGCAUAAACUAAAUUUUUUUAAACAACAAUACGAAAUUACUUCAAGUGAGUUACUGAAAAAAACUGAAUCUGUUUUACUUUACGAAGAAAGGUCUAGAAGUAAUGUAACAAUUCCCAAUGAAAGUACUGCUUGUUUUACUCCAAAUAGUAUAGAUAGUUGCAAUGAUGUUUUGGUUAUCGAUUUGGAUGAGCCAAUUAAAGAAGAAGUUAUAGUAUUCAAAUCAGAUAGUACUGCUUGUUUUACUCCAAAUAGUAUAGAUAGUUGCAGUGAUGUUUUGGUUAUCGAUUUCGACGAGUCAAUUAAAGAAGAAGUUAUAGUAUUAGAAUCAGAUAAUGAAAGUCAAUCCAAAUGUCAGGAACCAAGGAGUGAGUUUGUCGAAAACAAAAAAGACUUCUUAUCGUACUAUAACCUAAGUCAAUUGGUCCCAAAAGAUUCAAUUCCAGUAGCAGUGCCUGAAGAACAACCAUCCAACAAACGUAGUUUACAAUCCAUGGAAGUAAUAGAAAUAGGAUCCAACGGAACCCAAAUGGUUGAACAGGAAUACAAAACUAUUAAGUGGGGCAACUACGCCAAAGCCACAAGGCAAUUACUGGAAGCGUUUUUCACCAGAGACGUGCUUGCUAAUUCUUCAUUAUCAGGACGCCCUAGUCCUGCAUUUUUAAAUUCAGGGAAGUCCACCAAGAAACCUUUGGACAAGAAUAUUAUAGAAGAUAUCGUUGCUUGUGUGACUAAGAAUUGCAAUGUACUACCCAGAAUGGUUAGGCACUGUAUUACCACUAAGUGUGCCGACGAAGGAAAGCUUUUUAGACGAAGUCUUAAUUAA